UCGGAUACGACGGAAAAGUCUUAAAAUCGCUCGCAAUAUUUUAAGUUAAGCUCUUCGAAUUCCUUUAUGAUAAUAUCCUCCUUACCUCGUAGACUAACAAUGCCGUGUCCUCGUUUGUUCUCGGAAGUGUUUCAGGCAUCUGAGGCACCAUGCAGUCUGAAUGCCUGCGACGUGUUCGAAAUGUUUACCCGCGGCUCCCGGCCCGACUCCCCGCCGCACCCAGGUGCCUGCAAUCCAGACCUUCAUUGGCGACAACUGGAUCGCCGGCUACGUGCUAUCGAGCAACCCUCCUGGACAAUCAGCUUCGGCCAAUCUCGUUGGAGACAAUGUUCGAAAAGCGCUUGCCGUUGCGAUUCAGCCCGCCGUUCACUUAAUUGCUGGAGGGCUGGGCUCACCACGCUUACCCCCGACUUGAUCGUGCCCGCUGACUUGGUCAACAUUGACUUGGGCACCAACAAACUGCGGACGUUACAUAAGACGACAUUCAAAGGCAUGCGUUCUCUGGCCGAGCUGGACAUGUUUGACAACCAUGUUGAAUAUCUACCAUCCGGGAUAUUUGACUCUUUAGUCAAUUUAAGGAUUUUACGACUUCAACGGAAUUACCUGGAAGAAAUUGAUAGCGACGCGUUCAGAUCCACGAAAAAACUAUUCCACGUUGACCUAUCUAAUAAUUUUUUAUACUCUCUCCCGGAAAAGCUAUUUGCCAACAAUUCGUUUUUAGAAACCAUCGAUAUUUCAAAUAACCAUAUCAUAUACAUACCAUCGGAUAGCUUUGUCGGUCUCGAAUCGUUACAAAUAUUAGAUCUGUCUAAAAAUAAAAUUCAACGAAUCGAAAAUGGUACUUUCUCCCUUAAGACGUUGCAAAUAUUAAAACUGUCAGAAAACAAAAUAUGCAAUAUAAGUGAAAAUGCUUUUGAGAGCCUACAAGCCUUGGAAACUUUAUUGUUGGAGAGUAAUAAAUUACAAAGUAUUCCAACACAUCUGUUUCGAAAUUUGGAUUGUUUGACCUUCCUUGACUUAUCCAGCAAUAGUCUAAUGAGUUUGACUGGUGUUGAAUUUGAAAACUUAAAACGUUUACGCACUUUGGAUUUGAAGAAUAACGCCCUCACAGAGUUACCGGAUUACGCCUUUACGAAUUGUACUAAUUUGGAGAAACUCGAUUUGUCUAAAAAUAAACUGAGAUUCUUGAACGUCACCACUUUUCUUGGAUUGGAAAAUCUUACUUCCCUUUUGCUCUCUGAUAACAAAUUAUUCGAAGUACAUUUUAAAACAUUUUCAACUUUAAAGAAUCUUACUACUCUUCAUUUGGACAACAACAUGUUCCCCUCAUUACCAUCGAGGACUUUGGACUAUAUGCCCAAAAUGGCAAUCGUCAAAUUAUCCGGCAACCCGUGGCACUGCGACUGCCAUGCAUUGUAUAUUUCGGCUUGGGUCCGUCUGAACGAAAUUAAAAUAUGGGAUUACUCUCCAACCUGCGUGUCGCCUUGGUACCUGGAAGGUCACUUUCUCAAGAAGCUCAAGUUCCCUGAACUGUGCGCCGGGCAGUGGGCGAGCAUGGUCAACCUCUCACCCGGCUACCCAUACAACACCUCCUCGCUCUAAACGUCUCCGUCAAUAGGAAACCUCAAGACAGCAUGGAGCAAAACCAUGACGUCACUACUAUUGACACAUGGCAUUGACUCGCUUUGUGUUUUAAGGAAGUUUGAAAAGCCUUUUUAUUGUAUAUUGUGUAACCUAUUUCUAUAACACAUUAUUCCGUCAUAACACAAUGUCAUAAGGCUUCUUUUGUUGUGCCAAAAUAAUCAUAUGUAUCAAGUUCGUUAAUAAAGUAUUUGAAAAUGUACCUUUUUAUUAGUUAUUAACGUUAUCUAUAGAUAAACCUUCAAUAUCGACGAUUAUACAGUGACGUGUGAGG